CAAUGAUUGAAAGCAGCGACAGAGAGAGGCGGGCAAGAAGAACCAGAGAUGGAAGAGCAGAUCUAUGAAAUCCCAUGGUACAUACGUGAACCAGAGAGAGGCGGGCAAGAAGAACCAUGGUUAGAUCUGCUCCUUUUUCGACAUAGUCGCCAUCGAUUUCAUAGAUCUAUAAAGCUUUUGUUACUCCUAGCCUUGCCUCAAGCCGUCAAAACCUCGGAUGGAAGAGAUUAGAUCUACGAGGGAGGGGGNUGAUUGGAAGCAGCGACAGAGAGAGGCGGGCAAGAAGAACCAGAGAUGGAAGAGCAGAUCUAUGAAAUCCCAUGGUACAUACGUGAACCAGAGAGAGGCGGGCAAGAAGAACCAUGGUUAGAUCUGCUCCUUUUUCGACAUAGUCGCCAUCGAUUUCAUAGAUCUAUAAAGCUUUUGUUACUCCUAGCCUUGCCUCAAGCCGUCAAAACCUCGGAUGGAAGAGAUUAGAUCUACGAGGGAGGGGGUUACGGAAGGGAUGGCGGCAAGAAGAACAAUAGGAGUCAUCCGAUGGUGCUAGAGAGUCGGUGGCGGCGGUGGUAGAGAAUCGCCGGCGGUGGUCGAGAAUUGCCGGCUGUGGUGUUGGCAAUCAGAGAUUGCGUAUGGGUAGAUUGGAAGAUGGAAGGUUGCAGGGGUAAAAUAGGAAAGUCAAAGCAAAUUUUAUCACACAUUAAUAUGCGUGCCCGGUCAAACCGGGAAGUUCUUUUAUGGACGGAGGGAGUAUAUAAUUCCCGAAAAAAAUAGUCUAACAUUAAUAUUUAAUUUUAUUAUUUUUAAACAAUAAUUUGUAACAUUAAAAAUAAUUCAAAGCACUUACACUAAUUGAAAAUAUUAUACUCAAAUAAAUCCUUACUCCCUGUCUUUACAACUACACCUAUAUAUAAACAACACCCAACCAGACACACCAGAAACAAAAAAAAUACAAUCUUGAAUAUAUCUUGAUCACCACCACCAUCACAACCGCCGCCAUGCCGCCAGUGCCGCCAGCGCAACGCUCUCCCCUGCCGCGGCGCAUUGCCAUGGCUCUUCUGGCCCUCAUCCUCCUCCUGGGCCUAGUCGUCCUCAUCAUCUGGCUCUCAGUCCACCCAAGGAAAUUCCACUACUCCAUCGAGCACGCCGCGAUCAGCAAGUACAACCUCACCAACAACCGCCUCAACUCCAACUUCUACAUGGUCCUCCGCGCGGAGAAUCCCAACCGGAGGAUGUCCAUGUACUACGACAGGAUCGACGUCACGGUGCUGUACGAGGACCAGAAGCUCUCCAUCAACAAUGUGCACCCGUUCUAUCAGCCCAGGAGGAACAUCACCCACUUGGACAUGUAUUUGGUGGCCAAAGAUGCCACGGUGUACGGCGCCGUGGCCAGGGACUUGGGAAUGCACCAGGCGUCUGGUGGGGCGCUAAGCCUGGACGUCAAAAUCAAGGCCAAGAUCAGGCAGAAGGUUGGGGUUUUCAAGAUUCAUCGCAAGCUUAAGAUCUUCUGUGGGAAGGUGAAUGUGCCGUUCGAUACUAAGAAGGGGUUUCAGAGGGUCUUCUGUGACGCGGAUCUUGAUUAAUUAAGAGCUAUAUAUACACACGCCAAGAUUUAUGGGAACUUACGUCUGGCUUGAUGAUUGAUUAUUUUUUUUUAUUUUUUAAGAGUGCUCUUCCAUGUAUGUUUUGAGUGUAUCUGUUUUCCAUUUCUUGCACAUUUCUCGAAAUUAAAUUGUGUGAUAUAUG